AUGAGUACCCAUCCGGAAUCAUCUGAAAGGCCCGCAACAUCAUCAACUGAUUUGGCAAAUCUGGGAGCUCAGCUGAGCGAGGUUCUCAACCGGUUUAAUGAGCUAAGUGUUGAAAUGAUGGCCCAACGGCAUGUAAUCGAUCAAUUGGUAGCUAGUGGCGCUAGCGGUGAGCAGCAACAUGCACCCUUACCCCCGGGCCAAUCUGAACCAAUACUCUUACCAUAUGCUCAAAUCUCGGUUUCUUCACAAGCUAUGAAUCCACCCGAAGAAACCUUUACUUAUCCCACUCAUGGCCCACCACCUACAUAUGCACCUCACAUCCAAACUAAUCCUCCUCAAGUCCAAAUUUCCCAGAAUUAUCCGCCCAUUACUGUGAGCAUGCCUUUCGAACCACAAGGACCACAUUAUUACGCCACCGCUGAACCAUUCACCCUAGAUACCGCCGUUCAAGGGAAAACUGAAGUUGGGGGGUCGUCCGUGCCCGUGGACAAGAAUUUACUAAAGAGAUUGGAUCGGUUCGAGGAGUUUAUAAGGAAAAGCCAAGGUGUGAGCAAACAAGGAGGUUUGGACUACAACGAGCUGUGCCUGUUUCCGGAUAUGCAGUUGCCGGUGGGUUUCAAAGCACCCAAAUUUACCAAGUACGACGGAACGGGGAAUCCCAAAACCCACCUUCGGAUAUUUGCAAACAAGCUGGGAAGACCAAUAGACGAUGAGAAUCUGCCAGUACGCUUAUUUCCCGAGAGUUUAGAAGGCGACGCGUUGGAUUGGUAUUCCACUUUGAAGCCUGAAGAUAUGAAAUCUUGGAUGGAUUUAUCGACUGCUUUUGUGAGGCAGUAUGAAUAUAAUUGUGAGCUCGCUCCGACGAGGACCACAUUGGAGGGGACCAAGAGGAAGCCAUCGGAGGACCAUAAGACAUAUGCGAAGAGAUGGAGGAAAUUGGCCGCCAAAGUGGAGCCGCCUAUGACUGAAAAUGAGAUUGUUCGCACGUUUAUUAAAGCUCAUGACCCACCCUACUUUGAAGAGAUUUUCCUUAUGACUGGGUGUUCUUUUGCUGAAAUUGUUAACAAAUUGGAAGAGUAUGACGAGUUUAUAAGGGCAGGCAAGAUUGUUAAUGUUUCAGCUUUAAAGUCACAGUUGGAAGCUAUGCAGAGUCAGAGUGGCAGUAGUAAAAAGGCUCAAUUUAAGAAGAAAGAUGAGGAAGCCUCUUUUGUCUGGGACCAGGGUUUUUCUUCUCGGCCUAGAUACCAACAAAAUCCCACCUACUCACCUUGUUACUUAUAUCAACCACACCCACGCCCUGUUUACAAUACCACUAUCAACCACCCCCGUCCUCGACCAAAUUAUCCAAACACACCAUCGACGCCAUUUCAUGUUUCCCCACCAAACUUGCAAAUUAGACCUCGCCCUCCUUUUAACCCAAGACCUAUUCCAUCUCCUAACCCAAGUUACCAGUACCAACAAACUCGUGACACCCAAAAUCCAACUCCAUACCGAACCUUUACCAAUCUAGGUCGACCUGUUGACCAGUUAUAUGAGCAAUUAAAAGCUGCUGGGAAGAUUGGUACGGUACCCCCUAAGACCUAUCCCAGGGGAUUUCCCCCUGGUUAUGAUCCUCAAUCGUUUUGCGCUUAUCAUUCGGGAUCCCCUGGACAUCCGACGGCCAAUUGCUGGGCACUUAAGCAUAAAAUUCAAGAUAUGAUUGAUGCUGGAGACAUAAUUCUGAAAAGGAAAGAUGAACAAGGGCCAAGUGUUAGCAACAAUCCUUUUCCUCAGCACAAGGAUACUGUGGGGACUAUCACCAUAGAGGAAGGGAUUGAGGACCCUACACAGUACAUUGUAGACGAGGCCGAGAUCAUGGGGGUCAUUGGAGAACCGUUUAUAUUGGAGGAGGAAGCCUAUAAAGUUGAAGAGAAUACUGAUCCUUUUAUUUUGGAAAUGAUACCCUUCGAAUGUGAGCCUUCGGAACUCGUGGUACUUGAAUUGCCUGAGCAAACUCCUGUUCUUAAUUUACAAGAGGUCCCGUGGAAUUAUAGCGAACCUACACUGUUAAUUGGAGAGAAGAAGGUGCCUAAGAAGGAAGUGGAUGCCAUCACUAGAUCAGGGAGAAUCAUAGGGGAGCCUACAGUUGAUGAGUCCUCAAAAGCAAAAGAAGGUGCUACACCAACGAAACCCAUAGUGACGGAUGAAGAGGCUUUUAAUUUCCUUAAGAUGUUAAAGAAGAGUGAGUAUAAGGUAGUCGAGCAAUUGAACAAGAUGCCCGCUCAAAUUUCCAUGUUAAAUCUGCUCUUAACCUCGGAACUUCACCGAGAGGCCCUGGUCAAGGUCUUAACUGAGGCUCAAGUGCCUAAAAAUAUUCCAAUUGACAAAUUCGCCAAUGUAGUUGAACAUGUUUUGGCUUCCAGUCGGAUUUCUUUUUCUGAUGAAGAUCUAACUGCCGAGGGGAUUGGACACAACAAAGCUUUGUAUAUCUCAGUCCGCUGUAACGGGAAACUCUUGCCAAAGGUUCUGAUAGACAAUGGCUCCGCUCUCAAUAUCUGCCCUUGGGAUACUUUGGUUAAGUUAGGAUUUCAAGAGACUAAAUUGCGGCCGUCAACCACUGUGGUGAGAGGAUUUGAUGGCGCAAAAAGUGAACCAAUGGGGGAAGUGGAUUUAGUGAUCGAAAUCGGACCUGCCCAGUUUCAGGUCAUGUGCCAAGUCAUGAAUUUUUCAAGUGUUUAUAACAUUCUCCUUGGACGGCCUUGGAUUCACACCUCGGGCGCUAUACCCUCUUCACUUCAUCAGUUGCUAAGGUUUGUGGUGAAUGAUCAAUUGAUCACAGUUUUUGCAGAGGAUGAUUGCACAAUGAUUGUUAACUCUGGACCAAAUGAGGAGGAUAGUAAAACAUCUCUGCUUUCUUCUCAUCAUGUGGCUGACAUUGUUUCCGUAGGAUGGAUAUCUAAGGAGAAGCCCGUGGCGGAAAUGAAUCUGCCAGAAGCUAGUGUUAUGAUGGCUAAAGAGAUGAUUCGAGGAAGAUAUGAGAUGGGCAAGGGCCUCGGGCGCAACCUGCAGGGAGUUUUGGAGCCAAUAGAACUUCAAGGAAAGAAGGAUACUUUCGGAUUAGGGUUUCAACCUACUGCCAGGGAUAAAAAAGAAAUGAUGAAUCGUAAAAAGGCGGAGAAGGAAGGAAGGCAGCUUAUCAUGAAUAUCCCACCAUUGUAUUGUACUUUUCCUUACCCAUCAGAGGUGAUCAAAUCUGAAGUAGACCCGAUCGAGGAAGUGGAGGUUGGGUUAUCUGAGCUAUUUGUGGGGGUUAUUUCUGAAAGGGAGCCGUUGGAGGACCCAGGAUUUCCAGAGGUGCCUAUUGAAGCAAUGAAGAACUGGACCCAAAUUCAAGACGAGAGCGAUAACGAGGAAGAAUCUGAAUCUUUAUUAAAGGAUUUUGAACAAUAUGAGGAGAAAUCCAAACCGAACUUAGAAGAAACAGAAGCUGUAAAUAUUGGCACUGAGACUGAAGUUAAGGAGAUAAAAGUUAGCAUUCAUUUGAAUAAGAAACAGAGAAAAGAGAUGAUUGAGUUCUUGACCAUGUUUCAAGAUGUAUUUGCCUGGUCCUAUGAUGAUAUGCCAGGAAUUUCAACAGAUAUAGUGGUCCACCGAUUACCGACUGAUCCAAGUUUUCCACCAGUAAAGCAGAAACCUCGCAAGUUUAAGCCGGACAUGAGCCUCAAAAUUAAGGAGCAAAUCGAGAAACAGCUCAAUGCUAGAAUUAUUAUGGUGUCUCAUUAUCCCAUUUGGCUUUCAAACCCUGUACCUGUUCCGAAGAAAAGUGGAGAAGUGCGAGUAUGUGUCGAUUACAGGGAUCUUAACAAGGCCAGCCCGAAAGAUGAUUUUCCAUUGCCGAACAUUCAUAUUCUUUUGGAUAAUACUGCAGGGCAUGAGAUUGAAUCAUUUGCUGAUUGUUUUGCUGGAUAUCACCAGAUCUUAAUGGCUGAGGAGGAUAGGGAGAAAACUGCUUUUAUCACGCCAUGGGGGACAUUUUGUUACCGAGUAAUGCCGUUUGGACUAAAAAAUGCAGGCGCUACUUAUCAAAGGACUAUGACCACCCUUUUUCAUGAUAUGAUUCAUAAGGAGAUGGAGGUUUAUGUGGACGAUAUCAUUAUCAAAUCCGAGAGAACGGAGGAUCAUUUGAUUGACUUGGGGAGGUUAUUUGAAAGAUUGAGGAAAUAUGAUUUAAAACUAAACCCUGCAAAGUGUGCAUUUGGGGCCCCUGCCGGAAAGUUAUUGGGAUUCAUUGUCAGUAAGAAGGGUAUUGAGAUAGAUCCGGCAAAGAUUAAGGCCAUUCGUGAGAUGCCAGUGCCAAGAACGCAAAAAGACGUGAAGAGUUUUUUAGGAAAGAUUAAUUUUAUUGGGAGAUUCAUUGCCCAAUUGACCCAUACGUGUGAGCCUUUGUUCAAAUUAUUAAAGAAAAAUGUGUCCUUGCAAUGGAAUGAGGAAUGCCAGCAAGCGUUUGAUAAAAUUAAAGAUUACCUGUUGCACCCCCCGGUUUUAGUGCCACCCAAACCCGGGCGACCUUUGAUCAUGUAUCUGUCGGUGUUGGACGAAGCUAUGGGGUGUGUAUUGGGACAACAUGACGAAUCGGGGAAGAGGGAGCAAGCUAUCUAUUACCUUAGUAAGAAGUUCACUGCGUAUGAGGCCAACUAUUCUUUUCUUGAGAGGAGUUGCUGUGCUCUAGCUUGGGCCGUCCAAAAAUUGAGACAUUACUUGCUCAGUCAUACUACUUACCUUAUUUCCCGCUCCGACCCUUUGAAAUAUUUGUUGGGAAAGCCUAUGUCGACGGGACGUAUGGCGAAAUGGCAGAUGAUUCUUUCGGAAUUUGACAUUAUUUUCACUACUCAAAAGGCCAUCAAAGGCCAGGCUGUGGCCGACCAUUUAGCUGAAAAUCCGCUGAAAGAUGACUAUCAACCACUUCACACUUAUUUUCCGGAUGAGGAGGCCUUGUUCGUGGGUAUAGCAGAAGAUAUGAAUGAUCAAUGCCCGGAGUGGAGGUUGUUCUUUGACGGAAAACAUUACCCUGGUUCGGCCAAACUCCGAUUUUCCUGUACUAACAACAUGGCUGAAUAUGAAGCUUGCAUUUUUGGGUUAAAAAUGGCAUUAGAAAUGGAGAUUAAGGAUUUACUAGUAUUCAGUGAUUCAGAUUUGCUUGUACAUCAGACUCUUAAGGAGUGGAUUACUCGGGAUUCAAAGAUCUUGCCCUAUCAUUGCAACUUACUGGAGUUAGCCAAUAAAUUUAGGAGUUUGGAGUUUCGGCAUAUUCCCCGUGUCAGAAAUGUCUUCGCCGAUGCAUUGGCCACUUUAUCUUCAAUGAUCCAACAUCCGGAUGAGUUAAUAAUUGAACCCAUCCAGAUUCAUCUACAAGGGAAACCUGCUCACUGCCUAGUUGUGGAAAAGUCUUCCGAUGGCCGUCCCUGGUACAAUGAUAUCAAGGAAUUUCUCAAAACAGGAUCCUACCCAUCUGGGGCUGAUAUGACUGCCAAAAGUUUCUUGCGUAGAUUAUCAUCUAAAUUCUUCUUGAAUGGAGAAGUAGUAUACAGAAGAACGUCGGAUUUGGGCCUUCUGAGGUGUGUUGACGAAGAUGAAGCGGAAUACCUGAUGAAAGAAGUACAUAGUGGAGUGUGUGGAUCACAUAUGAAUGGCCAUUUAUUAGCAAAGAAGAUCAUGAGGACUGGAUAUUUUUGGCUUACUAUGGAUAUAACUGCUCCUUGGCCAUGUUCGAUGUGGGGUAUGGAUGUGAUCGGAGCCAUUGACCCUCCCGCUUCAAAUGGGCAUCGGUUUAUUCUGGUGGCAAUUGAAUACUUUACUAAGUGGGUCGAAGCUGAGUCUUAUAAACAUGUGACUAAGAAGGUGGUAACAGACUUUCUAAGAAAGAAUAUCAUUUGUCGUUUCGGAGUGCCGGAGACAUUAAUCACUGAUAAUGCCAAAAAUCUCAACAAUGACAUGGUGGAUGGUUUGUGCGCACAGUUCAAAAUCAAGCAUCGAAACUCCUCUAUUUAUAGGCCACAAAUGAAUGGAGCAGUAGAGGCUGCGAAUAAGAACUUGAAGAAAAAUCUCAUGUAUGGAAUGGAAGCGGUUUUACCAGCCGAAGUCGAAAUCCCUUCUUUGCGUAUUUUAAUGGAGGCCAAACUGGAGGAGGCUGAAUGGAUUCAACAACGUCACGAGCAGUUGUCUUUAAUCGAUGAGAAAAGGUUAAAUGCCAUUUGUCAUGGUCAAUGCUAUCAAAAAAGGGUAGCCCGUGCUUACAAUAAGAGGGUCAGACCACGGGUGUUCACAGAAGGAGAUAAAGUGUUGAAACACAUUUUGCCAGCACAAGAGGAAGCUAAGGGGAAAUUUGCACCAAAUUGGCAAGGCCCUUUUAUUGUCCAGAAAGUUUUGCCCGGAGGAGCGCUCAUUCUUGCAGAAAUGGAUGGGCAAGUGUUCCCUCAACCAAUCAAUUCAGAUAUGUGUAAGAAAUUCUUUAUAUGA